GCCUCUCUGACUCCGCGCAGGCGCAGUAGCAGCAUGAAGAUGGCGUCAGUCAGCUUGUUGACAGUUUUACUUCUGAACGUUUUCUACAGUUUCAGCUCUUCUUUACACUUUCACCUCCGAGACACCGAGAGGACAUGCUUCAUAGAGGAGAUCCCGGACGACACGGUGCUCACAGGUCACUACUGGACUCAGCUGUAUGAUGAACAGAAAGACGAGUACCUGCCGGCCCCUCAGGACAUCAGGAUAGAUGUUAGAGCCAUAGAUCCUGAUUACAAGGUAAUUCUGUCUCGGUCUAACGGCUCAGAGGGAUUCUUCAAAUUCACAUCACGGAGUCCAGGAGAACACCAAAUCUGCCUGCAGUCCAACUCCCCACAGCGUCCCCUGCCUGCUGGAGGCAAGCUGGCUGUUCACCUGGACAUCAGAGUGGGCGAACGCACAAACAACUACAAUGAGAUCGCUGCUAAAGAAAAACUGACGGAGCUGCAGCUGAGAGUCCGACAGCUGAUGGAGCAGGUCGAACAGAUCCUGCAAGGACAGAACUACCACAGGUUGAGGGAGAUAGAUUUCCGUGAGGUCGACCACAACACCAACAUGUGGAUCUUCUGGUGGCCCGUCGUCCGCUCGCUCUACGUGGUGCUCUUCAUCAUCUGGCACACCAAGUCCUGGUGAAGUCUUCUUCAGUACACUUUGGACCUACAAGGGACAAAUCAAAAGGGACAAAGCAUGAACUUGAAUAUUUCUAGACAUUGAAGCAUAAUCAAAGAUAUUUUUAUUGUACUGAGAACCCCCACAUCACAUCACAUCACAUGACCAGGACCAGGACCAGGACCAGGUCCAGGACCAAGACCCUGCAGGAUUUGGUCACCU